CUCCAUCGUACGUGCGCGCACCCUUCUAUCGCGUGGUGGUGAUCAUCCAUAUUGCUGCUAGUGGUGGAGAUUAUCUUGUAAUUUUAAAGUCUUUCGGACGCUUUUUAUAUGUUUUAAUUCAACACAAACCACUCUGCGUCUUAGACUGAAGGCUAUUUGGUCUAGGGGUGGAGUGGAGUAACGAUAGAAACGAGUUUACUCGAGGAAUACUGAACAUUUACCGUUCUUGAGUUGAAGGCGAAUUUGGGGAUAUCGUGAGGAAAAGGGGAAAUGGCCACUCAGGUGGAGACUCUCCUACCCAACAAUCCUCUUAUCAAAGAAGAGAAGCAUGGGCAUGCGAGCAAGACGAUACAACACGGAGAGGACUGUCUGGAAAAGGGGGCCAAGCAGACGGGUGUUGCCGACGACGGUAGCAAUAUGAAAGCAGACAACUCGGAACUGGGGGGGGUCGCAAUGAAGGAGCAAAACUCCAAACAGGCGAAAGAAGAGAGUAACAAUCAAGAGAAAGACAUCCUGGAUCAAGAAAAGCACACGACCGGACAAACGGAAGACUAUGUGAAAUGUAGCAAAAAGGAGUUUGCUGAAGCACCCCCGCCCAAGGUGAACCCAUGGACUCAGAAAAUGAAUGCGGUGACCGUGGUCAACGUGAAUGGACAAGCACAUCAUGAGCUGCCGCCCACAACAGGCCCGGCCAAGGUGGUGAAGGCCCCAAAUCCCCGGCCUCGGAGAGGAGGAAAGGUUGGGGAUUUUGGAGAUGCUAUGAACUGGCCAACACCAGGGGAGAUCGCAACUAAAGAGACACAGAUUGAAGUUGUGACUGGGAUUGUGUCAUGCCCCAUGCCUGUCAGGCAGGUCAGAGAGGUGAGCUCCCCACGGAGAUCCCCAGCCCCCAAGAAGCCCGUGGUUAAGAAAGAGUGGAAAGAGAAACGUGACACCAACGAAGAAAGCAAGGAGAACCAGAAGGCCAAGUCGGACGACUCUGGAGAGGAGAAGAACGGAGACGACGACUCUCAGAAGAAUGGACAGAAGAAAAAAGGGAACAAGCACAAGUGGGUGCCGUUGAUGAUGGAGGUGAAGUCCGAGGGGCCCAGAGAGCGCUCUGCAUCCAGGAACAACACCCGCCAGAACGAGGUUCCCAGGAUGCCCCCCAACAACAGGAACGACCUCCGAGACUGGCACAGCGGGAAGUACGAGCGUGAAUGUCGUGAGGACCAUGAUGAGGUGUCCAGUGUGAAGAGUGAGGGUGCUCCCUUCCGUGCCGGGUUCCGUGGGCGUGGUCGUGGCAGGGGCAGGGGACGGGGACGAGGCAGAGGAGGCAGCAGAGGUCACUAUGACUACCAUUACGGCUACAAGGCCUACGACGGGAAGGACGGCGCCUACGGCCAGAAGUUUGGCGCUCCAGUGACCUACUACUAUGACAACAUGAGCAGCAACGACCUGUACUCCGUAGACCAGGACCUGCUCAAGGACUACAUCAAGAGGCAGAUUGAGUAUUACUUCAGCCUUGACAACCUGGAGCGGGACUUCUUCCUGCGCAGGAAGAUGGAUCAGGAAGGCUUCCUGUCUCUUGGCCUGGUCGCUAGCUUCCACAGGGUGCAGGCCCUCACCACCGACGUCAACCUUAUCAUAGAGUCUUUAAAGGGUAGCAAAGAGGUGGAGAUCAUUGAAAUGAAGAUCCGCCGCAAGGUGGAACCCGAGAAGUGGCCUCUACCGGGUCUUUCCAUGGGACCGGACCACAACCAAGUCGACCUGACCCAGCUCAUCCACUGCCCGGAGUUCGUGCCCCGGCAGACGCCCGCUGAGCAGACAGAAUCUGCUCCAGGGUCUCCCCGGUCCUCCACACCCACCAGGGGCUCAACCAGGGCCUCCAUGCAGCCCAAGGUAGAGCAGGACGUGUCCAACCUGAAGAGCAUGUCCAAGGGCCUGUCGGCGAGUCUCCCCGACCUGGACUCUGAGUCCUGGAUCGAGGUGAAAAAGAGGCCCAGGCCCUCCCCGGCCCGACCCAAGCAGAAGGAAGAGGCUGUCUCCCCGGUGCCCCAGCCAGGCCCCAGCCCGAUCCCCUCGGUCUCCCCGGCCCAGGCCUCGGCCACGGGAGCCAAGGAGGAGCAGGACGAGCCCGAAGAGCUGGACUUCAUGUUUGACGAGGAGAUGGAGCAGAUAGAUGGCCGCAGGAACACCUUCACCGACUGGUCCGACGACGACUCGGACUGCGAAAUCGCCGACAACGACGUUAACAAAAUCCUCAUCGUGACUCAGACACCGCCUUACCUGCGCAAGCACCCGGGUGGCGACCGUACGGGCCACCAUACGUCACGCUCUAAGCUGACCAACGAGCUGGUGAAGGUGAUCAACGACGGCCUGUACUACUACGAAGCAGAUCUGUGGGAUGACAACUACGAACCCGAGUACGCCACCAUCAAGCAAGAGGUGGAGAACUUCAAGAAGGUUCACCUGAUCAGCCGAGAGGAGUUUGACUGCCUGACCCCAGAGCCCCCUGUCGACCCCAACCAGGAGGUACCCCCGGGACCCCCAAGCCCCAGCAGAGUGAUUCCCGUAGACGCCUUGGCGAACAAACUGUUCGGUGCCCCCGAGCCUUCCACAAUAGCACGCUCCCUCCCGACUACUGUGCCUGACUCGCCCAACUACCGCAGUGCCCGGACACCCCGCACGCCACGCACCCCGCACCGGAAGGACCCGCCCAUGACGCCCCGCUUCUACCCCGUGGUGAAGGAGAGCCGGCCUGUCGACGCCAUGACCCCCAGGAAAAGGAAGACCAGACACAGCUCUAACCCCCCAAUGGAGUGCCACGUUGGCUGGGUGAUGGACUCACGAGAACACCGGUCCCGCACUGCCUCCGUCAGCUCCAACGCCAGCCCCUCAGAGGGUACCCCUGCAUUGGGGGGAAUUGGCUGCACCCCCCAGUCGCUCCCCAAGUUCCAGCACCCCUCCCACGAACUGCUCAAGGAGAACGGCUUCACUCAACAUGUUUACCACAAGUACCGUCGGCGCUGCCUAAACGAGCGCAAGCGGUUGGGCAUCGGCCAAUCCCAGGAGAUGAACACGCUGUUCCGUUUCUGGUCGUUCUUCCUGAGGGAUCACUUCAACAGGAAGAUGUAUGAGGAGUUCAGGCAGCUGGUGGUGGAGGACGGCAAGGAGGGAUACAGGUACGGUCUGGAGUGUCUGUUCAGGUACUAUAGCUACGGACUAGAGAGGAAAUUCAGACCAGAUAUCUUCAAAGACUUCCAGGAGGAGACCAUGAAAGACUACGAAGCUGGCCAGCUGUAUGGACUAGAGAAGUUUUGGGCGUUUCUUAAAUACUCCAAAAACAAGACCAUGGAGAUCGACCCCAAGCUGCAGGAGUGCCUGAGCAAGUUCAAGCGUCUUGAAGAUUUCAGAAUCGAUCCCCCGAUGGAGGAGGGGGGUCGCAAGAGACACUCAUCCAGUGGAGACGGUCGUCGCCGCCACCCCUCCCAGGGUUCCAGCCGCCCCCACAGCCAAACUGGCUUCGGCCCGGCCCCGAUCGCCCAGGCCCCCGCCAAGGAUGAUGCCAAAAACAGCAGCCAGAGCCAGCGACCCUCGGCCCAGGCCUCGGCUACCACCGCAUCGGACACCAAGCCACCAAAGUAAACCCCCGGACAACCCGCGGAUCAACUCAACGUCAUCAAAUCCUUUUCUGCAACACAAGGGGGUCCAAUGGUUCACGCAAAGCAUGAGAGAAUGACUUUGAUGAAUGUCUCGUGAUUGAAAUAAAUCAAGGCUCUUCCAUUUUUAAUUUCUUUUGUUUGAAACAGAGUUUUGUCUUGUUGGAGACAAAGACUAUUGAAGGAAUGGAUGAAAUGUUCCAUUGUAGUUUUUUUUUUGCAAACCUUAGCAGCAUAUAUUCUCCUGGUGGUUACAAUGUGGGAAUGAAGAUGGUUUUUUGAGCACAUUUGAUGGCAACUGCAAACCUUGUGGCCCCCUUUCUAUCGUUGGACCUCCUUUCCAUUUGACACCAUCUGUUGGCUGACAGAUGAGUGAUUCUUCAAGAUCUGAUCUUUUUUUUUUUUUUUUUUCUAUGGGGUGAGUGGUGGAUUGGAAACUGAUACUUUUGAGAAAAAAUUUAAGAAAAACAAUAUUUGACUUGUUUUGGGCUGGAGGGAAGAUCAAAAUCAAGAAGAAACCAAAUUAUUAAAAUAAAAGACUUGUACCAGUCCCUCAGUAUGAGCAAGAUCGUUGAAAGUUGCCUUAUUUUAAUGGUUUUUCUGCUUAAUUUGUGCCCGCCACCUUAAUGUCGAUUGUACAGCAUUGAUAAUUGCAAAUAUGCAACAUCGGUCAUCACCUACAGUAGUGGCCACUCAGUGACACCCCCCCCCCUGCCUGCCAAACAGCACCCCUUCUGAACUGUCUUCCAAGUGUCAUAUGGUCUGUUACAAAGCCUUCCCACCCCUUGGUGUGUUUGCAAUUUGUGCUAAAAUGCUUUGCUGGGGGGUGGCACACCCACCCCUAACACACCCCCCCCCCACCCCCCCAAAUCACCAGCCUCCCAAGGACAGUCUGCGUCCAGCCAUCGAUCUGUUCAUCCUAUCAUCCAUCCAUUGUACACCAUUCAGGCUACAGGACUGGAAUCACCAAUCCGGAUGACUUGACGACAGAGGAAAGGCUCUCAGUCCCAGUAGAUCUGGCAUGCUGCGGCAGGUGCUUUAGGUGUGUGGUGGGCUUUGUUUUGGGGGGGGGGGGGGGUGUAAUGGCCUGCUUUCCAGGGCUAAACAAGACACGGCUUCAGUCUGCAGCUUGGCAUGGCCUGUACCCCCGCAUCCCACCACCACUCACACACACACCAGUGUUUCUUCCAGAGAGUGGUGGCUCUACUCUGUUCUUCUGGAGAACUGUAACCAAUGGACAGGCUAUGUAUCACCUCUGACCCUAACCAACCUGUUAUAUUCCCCUACAUCCAGUCAGAUCAACUAUAAUAAUCUAGUUUAGAUAACUUAAUCUUUAUCCGACAUGAGUACUGAUGAUAUCAAAUAGAUGAUUUUUUUUUUGUUUUUUUGUCCACUAAUGUAAAUGUGAAUUGGACAGAUGAAGAGAAAUUACACCCCCCGGCUACUGGUUUUAUUGUUUAUAGAACAGAUUAUAUAUUCAUUCGCCUUACAUGUGUAUGUAUGUACUCAAAACAUUUUUUUUUUUUUUAUGUUCUCAUCUCUUAUUGCUUUUUAAUUUGCUGUGUUACAUGCUAGGGUAUGUCUCUGUAUUGAAUGUGUGUUUGAAACCUCUGGACUUUCAAGAAAUGGGACAAUUAGUAUAGUACAAAUAAAGGGAAAUUUGCAUUAGGGCAUCAACUGACAUUUUAAUGCAACAACAGACAUUACAAAUUUCCAGGAAGUAGAGUUCAACUCCAAAUCAAAGUUAAUUAGCAACAUUUAAUUUUGAUUAAUUUUGUUGACAAAUUGUGUGAUGUGAAUCGCUGGUGUGUUCACGCAAACAGCAAUUUAGAACGAAUUGUAUCAUGAGUUAAUGUUGGUGGUUGAAUAGUCCCCCUAACUAGUUAUUGAUCAGUGACGUACAAUAGUUCAAUAUAAAUUAGCAUAAAAAACAGUUAAACUAUACCGUCUGCUGGAGGGGAAAUGGGGUGAUUCAGAUUCACUGGUGGUUCCCCCUGUGUUAGAAUGUCCAGUUGUCUUCAUGUUUAGUUUUUUUUUGUUUCAAAUGAUAUCUUUAUUAACCCGCCCCGUCAUUGUUGAACAAUUUACAAGAGUUUUUAGCGAGAAUUAGCUAUGUUUUAGCUUCUUUUUUUUUUCUUCUCCCUUUUCUGUUUUGUUGUGGGCUUAUUAGUUCAAUGGAGCUGCGGGGUCAAUUCAGGAGGCUGAUAUGAAUCACUCAAGAAAUCAUUUACUUGAGGAAUAAAGACGGGAAGAAAAAAAGAUACACGACAAAAGUCCCAACCCAGUUAAUCCUCUGAGAGGAUGUGGUGUGUCACCAGGGGGCGCCCUUCCAGACAGCCACACAGACAGAUGUCCCCUGUGCCCCCUCCACCAGGAUAGAGGGGGACAGGUGCUCUGGGGUCCAGCCUUUUCUUUAGCAUAGUGACAAACCCUGUGGAUGGAUCAGCGGGCGCUCCGAUGAACUCUAGGGGGCGCCAUGUCUGGCAUCCUGCAGGGUCAGGUGGACUGGGCCAGACUUUUGAAGAGAAAGAAGAAGAAGAAGAAGAAGAGGGAGGACGAGGAAGAUGGACGUAACCCGCCUUGGGUUUGUCAACGAUGUCACUAUUUGAGAGGAUGUGAAUGGCUAUGAUGUCUGGGAACUGAACUAGGAGAAACAAUUCCAUAAAAGCCAUAUAAACAGAACAACAGCUGUAUAUGAACCAUUAAAAAAAUGUUAAUAGUUCAUUAUCUUUAACAAUAUCCCAGGCUUGUCAUGAGAAAAAAAAAAAGAUUUAAAAUAAAAAUAAAAUAAAAAGGAACCCCAAAAAAAUAUAUAAAACUGAAAAAUGUAAAAUACUUGAAUGAGAUCUUGUAUUAUAACAUUUAAUAUUCAUAAUAUCUGCUUUGUAGGCUGAUGUGAUUCGCUAUUAGUGUUAUUUGUAAUUUGUAGUAAUUAUGCUUUUCCUUUUUAUUAAAUACAACAACAAAAAAAAACACAAAAUGGACAAAAAAAACCUCACCCACCGCCUGUCAUCGUCCUCUUUAUUUACUUGUUUGUCUUUUGCUGUGGGGAUCUCCAGAAAGCCGAAUGAUUAAAUUAGCCAGCUAACUUUGGUAAACCGCUACAUAUAACCCUUGUUUUUCUGGUUGAAUAAGAAAGCAAAUUUGGUAUACAUUAUUGCAUUUGGGAAAGUAUUUAGACCCUUGUGACUUUUCCCCACAUUUUGUUACAUCCUUAUUCUAAAAUGGAUUCAAUAAAAUACGUUCCGUCAUCAAUCUACAAACAGUAUCCCAUAAUGACAAAGCGAAAACAGUUUUUUUUUAGAAAUGUUUGCUUUACUUAUUGCAAAUUUAAAAAUAAAAAUAAGAUAUGUGUUUAUCUACUUAAGUAUUCAGACCUUUUGCUAUGUGACUCGAAAUUGAGCUCAGGUGCAUCUUGUUUCCAUUGAUCAUCCUUGAGCUGUUUCUACAACUUGAUUAGAGUCCACCUGUGGUAAAUUCAAUCGAUUUGGACAUGAUUUGGAGAGGCGCAUACCUGUCUAUAUAAGGUGCCAGAGGGGGAAAAAACAAGUUAUGGGGUCGAAGGAAUUGUCCGUAGAGCUCAGAGUCAGGAUUGUGUCGAGGCACAGAUCUGGUGAUGGGUACCAAAACAUUUCUGCAGCAUUGAAGGUCCCCAAGAACACAGUGGAUUCCAUCAUUGCUAAAUGGAAAAAGUUUAGAACCACCAAGACUCUUCCUAGAGCUGGCCGCCCGGCCAAAUUGAGCAAUCAGGGGAGAAGGGCCUUGGUCAGGGAGAUGAUCACGAACCUGAUAGGCACUCUGACAGAGCUCCAGAGUUCCUCUGUGGAGAUGGGAGAACCUUUCAGAAGGACAAUCAUCUCUGCAGCACUCCACCAAUCAAGCCUUUAUACACCUUAAAUACAGGUGUGCCAAGAUUGUAGCGUCAUACCCAAGAAGACUCAUGGCUGGUAUCGCUGCCAAAGUUGCUUCAACAAAGUACUGAGUAAUGGGGUCUGAAUACUUAUGUGAAUGUAAUAUGUUGUAUCAAUUUUUUUUUACAUUUACUAUUUCCAAAAAAAAUCUGUUACGUGGUAUUGUAUGUAGAUUGAUGAGGGGAAAGAAAACGAUUUAAUACAUUUUAGAAUGAGGCUGUAAUGUAACGAAGUGGGAAAAGUCCAGGGGUCUGAAUACUUUCUGAAUGCACUGUAACCUGCUCCAGGUUUAGGCUAAAUUAAGGGCUAAUGCAGCGUUCACAGGCUAGGAAACUCAAACGUACGACUUGCUAACUGGUUACAAUUAUACACGUGCCUCGUUCAACCGGAAAUAUCAGUUUUUUUAGUGUCGUUUUAGCACGUGAACGGGGCAUAACUCUUAUUUAUCCUGAAUGAUGUCUGAGCUGCGAGUAGAGGACCAAUGAGAUCAUACUAAUCUGUAUUACAAUGGUGGAUAUUGCUCGUUCCACCUGCCACUAACUCUAGCAGGUUUGUAAUUGCGCGUGCCUGUCGCACAUGGCUAGACGAUGUGAGACAAUGCUGAAACAUAUAUCCGUGGGUGAAUCAGUGCAACAUUUUCAUGCGUCAACUUCUUUCAUUUUGAUUAUCUUGCAAAUUCAGCGGGCUACGAUGUGAAAUAGGCUUUUAGAAGUGAAGUUUCUUAUUUCUUUUUAAACUUCUCGUUAAAUGCCGUCUUUGGUGUCAAUGCACAACCACAAUCAUUUUUUUUCUCCCCCCAAUCGUAUGAUAUAAGGAUUGUAUUAAGUCAUACAAAAGUGUGCCUGACGUUUUAAAUGCAUUCUGUCAAUUACUAAAUGUGUAAUGUGAUAGGUAUUUUAACAUUUACCAUUUUCUAAAAAUGAUUUAAUCAGUCGUCUUCCUCAAAUGAAGGGGAUGAUGACGCAAUCUUUGGAGAGCGGGAGGGAAUCUGAUUUCAUUGGUCCUCAACACGCAGCUCAGACGCUUCGUUCAAAAUAAAUAGAGUUAGUCCUGAGUUGGUUUGCCGGUUAGUUCUGAGGGAUUCGUUGUCAUAGAAUUGUACCUGGCUGUUUUGGUGAGCCAUAUCCGUGGUACCGGUUAUCCCAAAUUGAACCCGGAGUUGACCAAAGUUACCUCGCUAAUUUCUCAAACCUGGUUUGUAGUGUAAUGAGGCUCUGACCACUGAUAGAUGAUAUUGGUUAGACUAAUACUAGGGUUGUAAAAUUCUGCUAACUUUUACAGAAAUACUGGUUGGAGGAUUCCGGAUGUCCUGUAUAUACCCUCUGGGAAUAUUCCAACCGGGAAUUUUGGGGAAAAUUACCUUCAUUUUCCAACCCUUACUGUAGCAGACUAUUGAUUAUGUGUGAGAGAAUGAGUAUAAAAUAUUUACAGAUGUAACGAUGCUGUUGAAUGAGUAUAAAAUAUUUACAGAUGUAACAAUGCUGUUGAAUGAGUAUAAAAUAUUUACAGAUGUAA